UCUGUCAAACGAAAGUGGAUGACCUACUUUUCUCCCCUGCCUCUGAAAUAUUUCAGAAAUAGGAUUGGAUAGCUGCAGCUGAAGUCCUGUGCACUAACCCAGAAACAGACUAACGCUGCAGCUAUAGGCAAUACUACAUUUCACCACCUCACCCCCUCCCUCCUCUCUCUUUAUGUUUGGCUCUUGAAAAGGGGGUGGGAGUUGGUAGGGAAGCUGAGAGAGGGCAUUUUAACAGAUGACAGAUUUUGAUUGGAUUCACUGUGAGUUUAGGAGGAAAGUAGAUGGCAAGGGCUGAUUAUUUUUGUUUCCUGCCUCAUUUUUCUCAGCUGUGAAGAUAUAAGAUCCAGUUCAGCAGACAGAUGUUACCUCUGACCUCUUUAGCGCAUGGUUUAACACAUGUAGUAGUUUUGGAUCUGGUAUAUUGACCCCAUGGCAGUGAGCAGACAUUGCAUAUUGUGUUAUGCACUGUUCAGUGAAGUCCUGUUCAGCCAAACACACCAUGUCCUUCGAACAGCUGGGACUGCAGGAUACAACAGGCUCAUCAGUUUUGAGAGCAUUCUGGAGGGUCUGUUUGGUCCACAGCUGAUAGAAGAUCUAAAAUUAUUUAAGGGUUGUGAGCCUGAAGCAGUGUCUGAUUGGUCAUUUGAUGAAAAUUGUCUCUUCUGUUGUUUAAGACGAGACAAAGUGAAGGAACACUUAGUUGGCUUGAGCAACCAGGGCCUUGACAAUACACCCAAGCCUCUCCUGGUGAAAGAUCAGACCAAAAUCAACAGACUAGAGAAGCAAGCUGAGGAAUUUCUCAAUGCAGUCCUCUGCAGAAAAGAUGUGCCAAGCUUCUCAGACCCGCACAUUCCAGUAGUGGCUCGAGAGAUCAUGCAGAGAAUGAUCCGCCAAUUUGCCGUCGAAUAUACCUCAAAAACCAGCUCCUCUCAGGAUAGCCACUCAGAUCGCCAGCCUUGCUCUGACCAAAGCCUGCCACGCCCACCCUCUUUCUCAGGGGCUUCUCCUUCUACCAGCCCUGCUGCCACUCUGGCUCCCUCCGCACACAACCAGAACCCCGUCCUCAGCAAACUCCUCAUGGCUGACCAGGAGGCUCCCCUUGACCUCACCAUCAAGAAACCCCUGGCUGAGCCCAGUGAACAAGAGGGAGUCCUUGACUUGUCUCUCAAAAAGAACCGCUACAGCAGCAGCCUGCCAGUCCACAGUCCCUACCUUUCUCCAACCACACCCACGUUCAAAGGUGAAUCUACAGACUUGAUGCAUGUUGCAAAGUCAAAAGACCUGCAGUCCACCUCCACGCUGGAACAGUUCAUGGCCAAACUCUGCCCCCACCAUCAAAGGCAGAUUGUAGAUGCCCUUGGCUUCCUACAGACAGAGGUCAAGGCAUUGGCAUCUUCCAGUACAUCACAAGCCUCUAACUCUACCUCUGGGAUUCAGGGAACCACAUCUUUAACUGCAACAUCCAGUCUGGACACCCCUGAGAAGUCAUGCCCUGAACUAAGGCUUCCCAUUGCAUCUACUCCCAAAGGCCUGCUGGAGAUCCAGGAUGUAGCCCAUGUUAUCCCUAGCAAUUUUGCAAUUGCCAAACAAGUUCCAGAAACAGCAAUUUCGCUCAAAACAUCCAUUAUUGCUGGCUCUCCUUUGGAUCUUCGCAGACCUGGGUCAGUGAGUAUCUCCACCCCAAAUACAGUGGACAAUGAGAACAACCGUCAUAGUGACCAUGCUCCUCUUAAAAUGAAGAUAAUGAAGACCAGCAACCUUUCUGAUGGUAAGAAGUUGUCAUGUGUGCUCACCACCUCUCUUUCAAAUAACUCUGGCGUUCUGGAGGAGCGACAGGGUAACUCAGAUUCACCUAACAGAACAGAUGCUCACAGUGCUAGACUUAGUUCCUCUUUGAGACACAAUCAGUCUAGUCAGUCAAAUCAAGCAAGACAGAGAGACUCCUUUGGACACACCAAAGAUACACCAGCAAAACAAUAUUCAGUUCACAAGUCCAUCAGCACCAUUCCUUCAGACACCCCCCGGACUGCCAGAAAGACCAUCAGGGGGUCCUCUGAUCAUCGGAACAGAGACUCUAAUUGUAGAGUCAUAGUGGACCCUGAUCUAGGCCAUUGUGACAUUGUUUAUAUUGACAAACCAAUUACAGAGUGUUUGAGAGAACAGCAGCGCCAUAUGCUCCCACGCCGUAAUGCCAGAAAAAGCACCAGAGGACAUAUGUAUAUAGAGGAAAUGUGGGAGUUAAAAACUGUCCGCACCUUAGCCGGUCGUAAUGAGAGGGGCAACUGUCCUAAUCCAAUGCCAGAGCUGAUCACAUUGGUCACCCCAAAACAGAUGCUUGCCAAGCCUGAUGGUGUACCACCUGUAGAUAUGCCCUUUGCUGGAGGCUGCGGGGAGACAAUUAGUCAGCAAAUGCCCACAGAGGAGUCAGAUGAAAGGGAGAUACCAGGAACAGGAGAUAUGGUGGAGACAUCAGCCAGUGAACAAGAUCUUAUAGUUGAAACUAGUCAGACAGAUCAAUGUCAGAGCAAAGAGCAGUCUGCUCCUCCUUCUCCCCUAAGCCCCCCAACAGAGAAAAGAGAAACAGAUAUGAAUGUAAAUGUAGUGCAAGAAGCAACAGCAGAUUCCGGGCAAACAACAGAAAGUGGGGAUUGUUUUGCUCAGGCUUCAUUUGAUACAGAAAAAGAUGACCAUGAGCCUGAAGAGGCCUCGAAUCAAAGAACUGAGCAGGUAUUAGUAGAAACAGUAGUAGAGUCAUCAGAGACUGAUAACAUAGAAAAAGCUGAUCCACAGCCUGUUUCAGCAGAAGCUAUAAGCACUGAGUCUGAGCAACAGCAGGAGACUGACUCUUUGGCCACAUCAGUUGUGGAAGAGAGGGAGGAAGAGAAAGGAGAGAGCAUAGAGGAUGAGCAAUCUCAAGAGCUUCAGCUAGAGACACAGGAACAAUCUUACAACUCUGGAAUAGAAGAAAUGUCUAGCAUCACAGAUCCAGCAGAGGACAUAGUGAAAAAGCAGGAAAUUACCACAGUUGAACCAGUUAACCAUGUUAUGCCUGUAGAGACUGAAGAAGAGGAUGAUGAUGGUGAUGAUUAUGAUGUAUCCUCAAGGACAAUGGAGGCACUCUUGAAAGAAUUACCCCCUUGGCGUAGAAAACGGGGUACUGUAAUUUCUCUACCAAAGCGAUUAAGAGAAACGAAGAAAGUAAUAGUGGGAUAUGUAAAUGGCAGACCCAUAUCAGCCUCUGACAGAAGUCUGCGUCGUAGAUCAAAUAAUAGCACCCCAGUAUCUAACAAAACCCCUGUGAAAGCUAGCCCGAAUGUUCCUCAAAACAUAUCUGUUCCAUCUGUUCAAAAUAAACCCGACCUGCUUGAGACAAUUUCACCUCUAAAAUCUACUGAGAACACACCUGCGAUUCCAGAAGUGACAGAAAUGCUUCUUGAAACCCCAUCAAGCCCAGUACCUAAAUGUCCCUCAAGGUCCCCUGUGAAGUCGAGUAAAAAUAAGUCAGAGCCAAAACCCAAACAAAUUCAGGAACAAAAAAGAGUUGUUCAGAGUGUUCAGGAUACUCAAAGCACUGAGUCCAAACGUCCCCUUAGAUCAGCCAGACAGAAGCCAGCUGGAGAUGCUGUAUCACCACUCCCUGUAAAUACUGUGGUGUCCCCUGCAUCCCCAGGUCCUACUGCUAGCCAUGCCCUUCCAUCUGCAGAGCAUCUUCCCUCUGUUGUCAGUUCCUCUUCCCUUCCUGUUUCUUCACCUCUGAUGAGUACAUCAUCUCCCCUUGAUGCUGAGCAGUCCCAGCUAUGUACAGUCCCAAAGACUACUGUGGAGUUAAACACUGUCAAAGCUCAGCCAGUGGACACCAACUCCAGUGAAAUGCAAACAACUGAGGUGGAAAAUAGGUUGCAAACUAAACAGAAGCUUAGGUCUGCAAAGCUUGCAGUAGAUGUCAGUAAGAAUGAGAAAAAGCAAGAUAGCUGUGAGGUAUUAAGUACAUUAGAAAAUCAAUCUCUGGUAAGGAAUGAAAUGCAAAAACCAGUAAGAAGUAAACGCGUUCACCAAAAGGCAGAAGAAGCAAGUGAUUUUGCGUUGCAGAAGUCAGAUGCAUCCUCAUUAGAUGACAAACCUGCAAGUGGAGAUGAUAGUAGUUCUUCCUUUUCAGACAAACCUGUGAGAAUGCCAUUAAGGAGUGAGACCAGCAAGGCUGAAAUGUCCAAUCAGUCUGCUACCCAACCAUCUGUGGACAACAAAAAGUUAGCAUUGAGGUCACAGAGACUGGCCACAGCUUCUACCAGUACUCCUAAUAUAGCUGGAAAACAGAGAGAUGUAGCAUCACCUAUCAGAAUGAAGCAAGAACGAGUAACUAAGGCUUCAGUAAGGUCUUCUUCAUUGUCUGUCAGCUCUGUGCUGCCCUCCAGCUCAGUAAUGCCUUUGAUCUCACCAAGACAUGAGCCCCUAAAACAAACUGGCCACAAAUUCUUUGAGGCUCUGAAUGGAGAAGAAAACCAACACUUGAUUACAAACCUGAACAUAAAGUAUGAUAAAAUGCAGAAAGGUUGGGUCCAAAUGGACAAAGAGGGGCAGCCAGCAACAAAAUACAAAAACAAGGCAGACAGACAGGCAGCUAUAUGGAAAAGUAAGCGGAGGACACGAAAACCAAAGUGUCUGGAACACCAGAGAUACUCACCAGUGCAAAUGCUUUUCAUGAAAAAUUUUGACCUCACCAGUAUUUGUCGCUGGUUCCUUGAAUCAACAGAAACAAAGUCUCUUGUCAUUGUCAAGAAAGUGAAUACACGUCUUCCAUCUGAAACUCAGCUGUGUUUCCACAGCUCCUCUGGUGUUUCAGGUACUUCCCAAGGUUUAUUCCCAAGCCUGCAGGCUGAGCGCCUUAAGAAACAUUUGAAGAAGUUUGCCAUUGCUUCACCUGUGAAGAGCAAUCCCAAGAGUCAGAAACUGAUUGCUAAAGCGCUGGAGCAGGAGGCAAAUACAGUCAAAGGGAAAGAGAAGAGAGAAGUUUCCAGUACUACUCAGAAUAUGACUAAGCCAUACUGCUCUUCUGUUGAAACUCAGCUGCACAUAGGUGAAGCUCAGAAAGCUUCAGGUAAAUCCAAGAACCCCGCUAGUGCUAGGAUCUUGAGGAAGUACUCUAACAUACGAGGAAAAAUGCAGGUUCAGCAAAGCAAUGUUAGGCUGAAAAAGACCCCAGCAAAACGCCUGAAAGCCACCAGUAUGAAAAGACUGACCACCUCCAAAUCUGCAUCCAAGGUAAAUCUCAAAUCAGCUGUAAAGGGACAGAAAUCCCAGCCAGCCAAAAGAAUGAAAGAGUCUGAUGCUAAAACUGGGAAAGGGAAACUGACAGCUAGCAAAAAGUCUGUCACAAAGCCUGUUCAGGAAAGGACAGUCAAGGCUCAGAGCAGUAGAGCUUUGAGAGAUUUGGCCAAAAAAGAUGCUGAUUCACCACAGAGAUUUUCUCAAAGACUAGGGUCCUCUAAAAUAUUGAAACAUAGUCCAGUCCACCCAUCUACAUGCAAGGUUGACUCAAACAAAAAACAGUUAGAAGCAGAAAAAACAGAGGCAGAAAAAUCCACUCUGACUAAAGUAAAUGCUUCAAAAAUCCAAACAAAGGAAUUAUCCCAAAGUAAAGUCACUGAAAGUAAAGAUGCUGAGAAUGCUGUGGAAGCCCCACAGCACAGCAUGGACGUUAAGGGCCCAAUCUCACCUGACCAGGUUCUGACAAGAUCCCAGAGAAAAAUGGAGGCGGCAGUCCCUUUGAGUGGGAGCCCCAGUUAUACCUCCAAGAAGGCCUCAAAGUCCAUGAUAAUACAAAGCAGAUAUCCGAAAUCUGCCAAGAAUGCUCAGGAACCCACGCUGACGAGAAGAGGGACUCAAAAGUCUAUUGCUAAAAGAGGUCAGGCACUCUCACUGUCACGAAGUGCGACUACAAAAUUGGCAGCAAAGAGAGCUCAGGAGCUUUUAGAGACCCCAGCUAAACGUACCAGGACAUCCCAUUUAAAAUAAAGCAGACUUGAAGACAGAAAUCACAUUUAUUAAGAGGUUUUAGUGAUUUUCUUUAGUCUGAAAUAUAUUCAAAAAGACCAGAAGUAACUAUUUUGUGUACUCAUCGAAUUGUUCAGAGAAUACAUUUUUUGUUGGCAAAUGUGUUAACAAGAGAGCGGAUUUGAGAUUCAUAUAUGCUUUUGUACAGCCUAAGCAUCAAAAUGCAAAUUGGUGAUGGAUUGUUUGCUGAGCAUUUGCUGUAUAUGUUCAAGGACUACAUACAAGUCCAGUGUGAUGCUUAGCUUAGCAGAUGUAGUUUCCCUUUUGGCUUUGUGUUUCAGCACUCUAUGGCACGGCUGGAGAUAACAUUAAUAGCAUAUCAAAACUCAUUUUGCAAAUUGAAAAAAUGUGUGAAGCUUUGAUGCCAGUCUGUGUUAUCAAAGUGACAGCAAAUGCAGUUGCCAUACAUGUUUUUUUUUUUUUUUUUCUUGUUAUAUUGUAAAUAUGAGCAGUUAUUGUUUUGGACAAUUGCAUGCUUGGUAUUUAGUGAACACUGUAGAAUAUAACUGUUCACAGAGAGCAUGAUACCAGAAGCAUGAGGUCAGCUUUGACUGAAUAAUAUUUUUGCAUACAGCAAUUAGGCCAUCGGUAUCUCCAGCUUGUCUUCCAAUCAGAGCUUUGUGAAUAUGUGACUGUUGUGACCAGGUGCCUUAUUUAUGAAGUGUAAAGUAAUAGAAUGUGUUGCUAAAUGUGAAAACUCAGUCCUCUAGCUGUAACAGAGUCCCCAGUGUUUGGAGAAUCAGUAAACAUGCAUUUGCUUAUUUCCAUGUGCAAAUAAUUUCCGUUCUAUACAGUACACAUUAUGUGCCUCUUUGCUUAAUGUGUAAAUCCUUUAUUUUGAAUAUGUUGACUGAGGCAUUAUGAUUUAUUCUGGUUUACUCUCUAUUCAGCUGUUUUUAUUUUCACAUAUUAAUUUUCCCCGGAGCAUUAACAUCAUAAUUGUUAUUACUAUUGAUGUAUUAGAUGUUGAAGAUGACUGUGCUGUUGAAGCAAACAGGCGCUCACUCUUUGUAUUUGUGUCAUGACAAAACAAAAAUUGUACAUUUUUGUUUUUUAUUGUUCAUUAGGGUCAUUUUAAAAAUUGAUUUAUGUUGUUUCUCAGCAGUUACUUCUGACCAUUACCCUCAUUAUUUGGAUAUAAUAGCAAUUUCUCUUUGAACAUUUUAUCUGCUUUUGCAUGUAUUAAGUCUUGUUAAUGUGAAGACAGUUGCAAAGCAAUUUUUGCAACUCUUGGAAUAGAGCUAUUGCCUAGUUAGAGCUGAAAUGCAGAACUCAAUUUGUGUCUUUUUUUUUCCCCUCAGAAGACUAACCCAUUCAAAACUAUGCAUGCACAUUUUGGUGGCUGUCAUAAAGCUAUACUGAGAAAAAAAAACAAAACAAAAAAAAAAAACAUCAGAGUUGACAUUGCGACAGUAGUUUGUGUAUCAUUUCGGCAACCAUGUUUGUGAACAACAAAACCUGAAGAGAUUGUGUGUACAUUUAGUCGGCUAAUAUGGUUAAUAUUUGUGACUUCUCAUGGCAUUAAUGGCACAUUACUGGUCCAAUAAUUCCUUCCCUUGAUUUUUCACAAGUUGGAUGUUUUUUGUCACCCUCAAUUGUACAUCCCAGUAUGUAUGUUUUUGUUCUGUUUAAUUUUUGUCUUUUAAUCUUCAUUGACUGUCUGGUAGAUGUUCUCAUAAUGUGAAGUUUCUUUACUUCUACAAUAGUAACUUCCAUAACUGUAUCUUCAAAGGAAAAAAAUAUAUAUAAAAUUUUUAGCACAGUGUUAUUUUUUUAUUAUGGUCAUUUCUCUUUAGAGAGUAAUCAUCUGUAAAUGCAAAACGUAUAAGUCAUGUUUUUAUUGUUAUUUAAGAACUCCAUGUAGGCUAAAACAUUCAGUGGAUCUAAAUUAAACAACCCACCAAAUAUCAGACUUGAACAUGUUUAUUCUUUACAGUUUCUAUUUAUAGAUUUUGAUUUUGUAUAUCAGAAAGAGAUAACUGCUUUAUUUGUGGUAAUCCCAAGAGUGAUACAUCUUUUAUGUUAAGAACUUUGUAUUUUUGCUGGAGUUGAUAUAAAGAUGUUUGAAUUUUA